UACAGUGCGGGAUCCGUACCUCGCUCGCCGGAUAUUUCUUGCCUCAUCCAGAAUUGCGAGGGAUGCCCGAGUCUCUCUCUCCGUGAAGAUCUUCUGCGACGCCCUCCACUGCCACCUGCUAGCAAAAGACUUAUCUCUGAACACUUUUCUGAACCACGUGGGGGGUUACGCUCCGCAGUAACGUUAACUGCAUGCAUUGAUCAAAAAUCGUAAUGUUUUGCUAUAUUUAAGGUUAUGAAUAAGAAAUACUGAAAAUAUGACAAGUAACGCAAUUCGAAGCAUUCGUAGGAAGAAAUCUUCGCUUUCUGAAGUCAAGAUUGCUGUCAUUGGAGCCCCUGGGGUUGGAAAAAGUGCGCAGAACAUCUCAAAUAUGGGAAGUUGUCCUAAACAAUAAGAAGGUUCUCGCUCUUCUAGAUAUAUAUGUCUUCCUCUUUCGGACCAUCGCCGUCUAAGAGCUAACUGCAAGAGCCACUCCUCUAACGGUUCGUUUUUUGACCAAGAGGUACAUCGGAGAAUAUGAUCACCAAACAGGCAAGUGAAUAAAAAUUCAAAAAGUCUCUUAAGAUAGUAGAUAUAAGAAUGAAGUGAUGGUCGAUAAUGAACCAGUCCUAUUUGAGAUAAUUGACACUUGCCCAAAAGGGACAAACAUUUUUCCCAAAGAAGAGAUCCUGCAGUGGGCGGAUGGCUUCUUGUUGGUCUAUUCCAUAAUCGACAAGGAGAGUUUUACAUAUCUCCGGGACGUUCGGCAAGUAAUCCAGAAUAGCAGACCGGCGUCUCCCGGUGGAACACAAGGACAAUCUCCAAUUCCCAUUGUUGUGGUUGCCAACAAAGCUGAUCUCAUACAUCUACGUCAAGUUAGCUCUGAAGAUGGGGAAAAGUUGGCUAAAGAUAAUGAUGCUGCCUUCCUUGAAGUUGCUGCAUCAGAACAUGUUUCCCAAGUAGCUGAUGCUUUUCUCGAACUCUGCCGGGAGGUUCAGUCAUUUCGAAGACGUUCCAAACAAUCUCUUUUGGACCGUAUAAAAUACGGCGGGAAGAAUAACCGGGGCGAUUCAAGCAAAAAGUAAAGGAAGCUGAAAUGCCUCGGAAAAACUGAUUCGUUUCCGGGAGGAAAGCAAAAUAGAUUACAUUUGAUGGAUGUAUCAAAUAAACAAUGUCUGCUCAAAAAUUUCAAUGAAACUGUUCUGCGAGAGACGUUUUUGAGGUCGAUAAAUACACUUUGCAUUUUGUUUAUUAUCGAUGUACUCCAACUUCCUUACUAUCUGUUUCUGCGUAUUCAGCACUCAUCUUAUUGAAGACUAGAUGUUUUUGCCAUAAAAUAACUAUAAACAAUCGUGCAUAUAAGCAUUGAAGUGUCUGAAAAGGCAUAUUUUUGGUGAGAACAAUGAAGUGGAAUAACUAUUGAGUCAGGAAUAUCAAGGUUGCUGGAUUUGUUAUGUGCCGCCAAAUGUGAGAAAUCUUGAUGAAAUUUCCUGAUUUAUUAAUUAAUGGUCUCCAUUUUCAGAAGAUUUCAAACAAAUCUUGGCCUGGUUGAUUGAAGAAAAUUUAGUAAUAGUUGUUUGUGACAAUAAUGCUAUUUGCUGUAAGAAUUCCACUUUUAGUGAAACAUUUAUCUGUUUGUAAUAAUAUUCUUUGUAAUAAUAUCGUAUUUUUUAAAACAUUUCUUGAUAAAAUUCAUUCUUAAGCUAUUCAAUAUGUGGUCACAAAAAUACAUUUUUAUAUAUGGAUAUCGGUAUAUGAAAAAAGGAAUCAGAUAGAUUGAAAAUUCAAACGGUUCUCAAAUAAUUAAAGGGAAGUAAUUAAACCUAAAUUCCUAUGGAAACUCAUUUUUUGAAAUACCAAGAUCAAUGGAAGAAUUAGAAAGGUCGAUAAAUAUUCCUUCAAAAUUAAUUAAAUAAAAUAACUGUAACCUAAUACAUUGUCUUCGUUCAUAUAAUAUAAUGAAUGAGUAUUAAAAUAGCAGAUACUGUUUACGAUUAUUAAUGAGAUUAGCCUUUAAAAUGCUCAAUUUAAAUAUAUAUGCAAAAAUAAUGCGAAAUAGACAUAAUUAAGUCUUCUUUAAGACUACACAUACAUAAAUAAAACAAUCUUUGGCUAUUCUUUAGUGAAUAAUGACUCCUUAAUAGAUUUAGAUUUCUCGUGAUCUUUUUACACCUCUUGUUUUCAUAAUACUGGACGUUUUUAAUACCUAUAAUGAUUUAAAUUACAUAAUCGAAACAAAAAUAUUUAUUAAAAAAAACACUUAACUGCUCUUCUUAAUAAAUAACUUGAUAAUAAAAUGUCUGUCAAUAUGUGUGUCUCCGAUUUAAAAAUUUUUAGCAUUUAAAUAGAAAAAAUAGCUGACUAUGAACUAAAAUUUAUAGCUAACAUGUUGUCAGUAUUUUUGAGUUCUAUAUCUUUGCUAUUCUAUUAAAUGGGAAAAUAUAUAAUAGUUUACGCAGGAAUGAAUUUAAUCUUGCAUGAAAUGUAUAUAGUUUACGAUAGCCUUUUUUUGAAACUCUGAUGAACCAUAAAAGAAGACAAGUUUAGAGAAAAAAAAUUAAUUUAUUAUCAAAAGUCAUAUAUAAACAUGAUUACUUUUCUACAUAAACGUCGUGAAGAUUCAUGCAUUUUUCAUGUUGGUUUCCACUCCCCUCUUCGAAAAACAUUGUCACCAGUAGUCACCAGAUUGGCAUUGACAUUUAUUUGCAGUUUCUUGUUAGACUGGUAAUUCUUUGAGUUUUCCUUUAAAGAAAAAUUAAGGAGUAGGAAUGUCUAAACUUGAAUCCUCCGAAGUCGUGAUUUUGCCAUGUUUGUCUGUUAACUCAUUGCUUCCUUCGUUUCGUUCGAACGACUUCAUUGAAUAUGAUUGUGAUUUUCUUACGCCUUCAUAGAGAAUGCGGCUUAGAGCCGAGUGAUUUCUAAAAUGAUAUUCCAGACUAACGAGGAGCUUCAAAGGAGCGUUCAGGGCCAUCUCAUAUCACUAGCGGCAUCGUUUUUUGUAUAGGAAAUAUGAAACCUAAUCCAUCGCCGUAACAAAUGCCUUAAUCUUCGAGGCGACGAGUAACAGUUUGUAAUAACUUUUGAUAAUAAAUUCAGUUUUUUUACUCUAUUUUUUGGUAAUAAAUUAAUUAUUUAUUACUAUUUUUUUAUAAUAAAUUCAAUUUUUUUUAGAAAAAACUUUUUUUCUUACGGUCCAUCAGAAAAAAAAUAGGUAGGAGAGGGGACGUUAUUUCUGUUUUCGCAUGCAGAUGUAUGUAUUAGUGCUUCUCUUUUCUUUUUGUAAAGAAAGUACAGCAGGAACUAUACAGUAUUCAGAAUAUUAAAAGUGAUAUUAUUUAUUAUAUUAUGCUUAAAAUAACGAUAUUUCAUUUUGAACUGUUAAUAUAUGUACCACGUUGUCGAAAAUGACUGAUGACAAUUGUCAAAGGAACUUUUGAUAUAUUAGUUUAGAUAUUGAUUGUAUUUUACGAUAUGCAUGUACACUUUCGUUUGAACACUAUUUAUGUAUGUGAGGAGUAUGUAUGUAUUUUCAUUAAUGAAGGGACAGAAAUCAAUAAAAGGUUUUCACUGUAUAUAUUAUACUUAAUUUUUGAGAUUGUUCUCUACUAUUUCUUUCGUGAAUGUCAUAAUUGCAGCUCGUAAAAGCAUACAUUUAUGUAUUCAUGUAUUAAAUUAUAUAGCCCUAUUCAGUAGAUAUUAUGCAUUCAUUUAAAAAAGAGUUCGGAUGAUUCCUUGAUGGAAAAUACUAUCUGUAAAUAUGCUUUGUAUUUUGUAAAAGGGCUAUUUUAUCGGACAAGGAAUGAAGCGACAAUUUUUCUUGUACAGUUGAAUGACAUAUUUUUGCUAUUUCUAUAGAUUAGUUGUUUUUAAAAGUCUGUAAGAUUUUUUCAGAUGUGUCCUUUUUUUUUCAAAAAGUGGAAGGUUUCAUUUGACUUUGCAAGCAAAUGCUUGAUAAAAGAAGGCUGAAUUUCGAUAAGUUCUUUUCUUUUCUUUCUUAUCUUAAUUUAUUAUUUUACAGACUUCAGUAUCAAGAUCAGAUUCAUAAUCUAAAGCUUUCUGUAAAAAUUUUAAAAUUGAUUUUAAGAUAAAAAUUAUACAUGUAUACAAUUUAAUUUGAUCUGAACUUUAUUUCUUUUAUUAUGAUAGAAAAAAAUGGCUUUGGUGGGCUUAUUUUUUAAAACUUUGAUAAGACAGGACGAUUGAAGAAAACAUUUUCUGUUGUAACUGUUUCUCUGUUUUUCCAGCAUUGCAUGAAUAUUUUAUGAUGUCCAUUUACGUGUUUUAUUAUCUAAAAUUUGAAAGAUUCACUUGAAUGAAUAUUAGAAAUAAGUGUAAAAUGUGAAUGUCAUAACUUCUUUAUCAAAAAGGCUGUAAACAUUUAUCAAUAAUGUACGGAAAAUCAAUAAAACAUUU